AUGGCACCCAGCUACAACUCAAAGACGAACCCCAACGGCUACAAGUCGAUGGGAAGACGGCCCACCAAUUUCAAGAAGAACCUCUUUGUAUCUCCUGAGGAGCAGGCCGCAGUCGACGAGUUCCACGCCUUUUAUGCGAAGUUGGACAUGGAGGAAAAGAACAACAGGAAGUCGCCUUACCAACCAGCCGACCAUGACACGCCCAGGGCAAAGAUGGAGAAUCCGCUCCCUCCUGGAGCCAAGGGCCUAGCUUCCUCACGUUGGGCUAAGAAAGAGGACGACAUCAAGCCGUUGCCCACCCCACAAGCAGCGAGUCAUCACAUGGAAGAAGACAAAAAGCCGCUGCUUCUCAAUAACACCAAGGGGCCUGCUCAUUCUCGCUUUGCCAAGAAGAAAGGGUAUAACUCAAUCUCGCCCGAGGAGCAAGCCGCAGUGGAUGACUUCCAUGCCUUCUAUGCGAAAUUGGACUUAGAGGAAAAGAACAACAAGAAAUCGCCUUACCAACCAGCCGAUCAUGACACACCCAAGGCAAAGAUGGAGAACCCGCUUCCUCCCGGAGCUAAGGGGCUAGCCUCCUCACGUUGGGCUAAGAAGGAGGAAGAGGACCCGAAGCCGCAGUUUCCUGAGGCAACCAAGGACCCGAAGCCGCAGUUUCCUGAGGCAACCAAGGGGCUUGCUAAUUCUCGAUUUCCCAAGAAGCCUUCCGGUAAGAGGAACGGAAAGGUUACUUACACCAAGAAGUGGAAGUUCACUCCCGAGGAGGACGCCGCCGUGAAGGCGUUCUUUGCUGAAUCAUCGGAGGACGAAGAGCAGAAGGGAAAUGGUGAAUCUGUUUACCGACCAGCCGAUCACGACACACCCAAGGCAAAGAUGGAGAACCCGCUCCCUCCCGGAGCUAAGGGGCUAGGCUCCUCACGCUGGGCUAGGAAGGAAGAUACAUUUUUCCCCCCUUCGACGACAUCGAACUCAAGUGCCUGA